UAUUUUUGUCUUAUUUUAUUAUCUAGAAUUUUAAACUUUCUCUUUUAUCCUGUCUAUGUGUGACAUUUAAAAUUUGUUGAUAUAUAAAAAAAAAUCAACUCUACAUAGUUCACAAAAAACAACAUUUCAUUGCUUUAAUCAAUGUCUCAAUUGUCAAGUUCAAUCUCACCAACUAAUCGUGAAUUAUUAUAUCGUUUCGCUUUUCGAUUGAAUAAUCUCUCUCACAACUUGCAGUUGUUUUCCUUUCAAGAGGUGAUUAUUGAACUACUGAUUCUCAAUCUUCAUUCUCGUGAUUUUUUUUUAAGUAACAAUUGUAAAAACAUGGACGGAAAGACUAAUCUAUUAUAUAUUAUACUUCUUGCUUUUUGUCCGCUGUUUUUUUGUCUUUUAACGCGCUAUUUUAUCGACAAUUGUGUUUUUUUGUUUCUUUUCCGGAGUUCGUUAACGUCAAUUUCGAUAACACAGUGUAUGAAGAAUCGAAAAGCAAAAAAAAGUAGCAGAGAGCACAUUGUAGAUCAGCCUUAAGAGUCGUAUACAAGAGAAACAUCAUUUAACGCGACCGAGCAAUAAGUGUAAUGUCAAUUACGUCGUUCUCCGCUUUCAAUUUAUAGAUCUCGGUUAUGAAAUACAUGAUACGUCACGAUUCGUCCCGAUAACCCGGGUGAAGAUCAUUGGAUUUACUGAUCUCGAUUUGUUGGGAUUCAAUGUUGGUGCUCCGUUUGAACUUGACUCAAGAUGACAACGCCGAAGAAUUUGAUUAACUCGUUCGACGACGCAGUGUCCGAGACUCUGUCGGGAUUAUCCUACACGUAUCCGCAAUUAGAGCACCAUGUAUCGCACAGAGUUGUAUUGUCACCAGACCAUAGAGAUCGCCGAGAUAAAGUGGCCUUGAUCUGCGGCGGCGGUAGUGGACAUGAACCAUUUGCCGCAGGCUUUGUUGGUGGAGGCAUGUUGACAGCUUCCAUAGCGGGAUCUAUUUUUGCGGCUCCGCCAUCUAUUCAUAUUACGUAUGCUCUUCGGUGCCUCGCGGAGAAUAGCAAAGGUAUUCUAGUCAUCGUGCCUAAUUACACGGGAGAUUGUCUGAACUUCGGCAUAGCGAUCGAGAAGACUCGGCAAACGGGAGUCACGGUGGAGGAGGUGAUUGUCGAUGAUGACUGCAGCAUCCCCGAGAACGAACGGAGCGUCGCUGGUAAGCGCGGACUAGUGGGCAUGCUAUUCGUGAUCAAAAUCGCAGGUGCUCUCGCCGAAAAGGGUCUUCCCCUCUGUCAGGUAGCGGAGAUUGCACGACACGUUUCCCAGAGCAUUGCGACCUAUGGAAUCGGACUGUCCGCGUGCGCUAUACCAGGUCAAGGUCUUAUGUUCGAGCUUGCACAGGACGAGAUAGAGUGUGGAAUGGGGGUGCACGGGGAAGCAGGAUACGAGAGAAUUAAGCUUGGGACCGCAUCCGAAUUGGUGACGCUAAUGCUGAAGCGCAUUUGCGAUGCCUUAUCUUUGUCCAUUAAUGACUCGGUCGCGGUUAUAGUCAACAAUUUCGGUGCUUUAAGUCAAUUGGAGCAAGGAAUCGUAGUCCACGAGGUUGUAAAACAGCUUCACAACAUGGGUAUACAGCCUGUUCGCAUCUACUCCGGUAGUUUAAUGACAUCCUUAAAUAGCGUCGGGAUACACAUAAGUGUGUUAAAAUUGAACGAAAGUUAUGGGGACGUAUUCGUUGAGUGUCUCGAUGAAAAAACGUCUGCACCUUGCUGGCCAGGCUGUGCCUAUAGCGUCCCUUCGCGUUUUUCAACGAGCAUUCCAUCAAAAGAUACGGAAAAAGAAAAAGUGAACAAGAUAGGAAUAUCGUUGAAUGUGCCCGACCAGCAACUGAUUAAAUCGUGUUUAAAAAAUGCUUGUGCCGCUAUUAUCGAGAAAGAGGCGUACCUCAAUGGCCUGGACCGCGGUUGCGGAGACGGAGACUGCGGAUCGACAUUGAAACGAUUUGCCGAUGGUAUUUUGAGUAAUUUGGAUAAUUUAUCCCUAUCGCACCCAGCAGCGUUAUUAACGGAAAUAGCAAAUAUUGCGGAGGAACACAUGGGUGGGACUUCCGGAGCUCUCUAUUGUUUAUUUUUUACGACUGGUGCGAAAGUUUUGGCGUCAUUCGAGCAAGAAGAGGACAUACGACGCAUUUGGUGUUACACAUUUCGUAGUGGAUUAAAUUGUUUAGAGAAAUACGGAAAAGCAAAGGCUGGCAGUAGAACUAUGAUCGAUACAAUGCACGGCGCGUGUAUGACGUACGAGAAAUUGUUAAAGGAAUAUUCGAGCGAUUUUUAUGACAAAAUAGCCGCGGCGGCGUGGGAAGGAUGCUAUUCCACAAAAAAUAUGAAACCGAAAGCGGGGCGAGCUAGUUAUAUAAAACAAGCUCAAUAUUUAACGGAUGUGGACGCUGGAGCGUACGCUGCAGCAAUAUGGAUUGCAGCCAUUGUACAGACGAUUGCACAUUUCGAGGAAUAACAUUCUUUUUCCUUUUAUUUUUCUUUUUUUUAUUUGAUAACUGUGUUUGAACAUUGUUAUCAUAAAUAGAAGAAAUAAAGAGCUUAAUAAUAAA